GGAGAGAGAUGCCCACGACUCUGACUGAGAUGUCAAUACACUUCCUGCUCAUUCAGACCAGCCUGAAGAGCCAGAAAUAUCAUGGAAGAGAUGAGAUGGAUCAACAGGAGCUCAUGGAGUCAGAUAAGGAAAUUAUUCUGAAGCUGGGGAAGCUGGCGUUUGAAAAUCUGGAGAAGGGUAAUCUCAUGUUCUAUGAAGAAGACCUGAAAGAGUGUGGCAUUGAUGUCAAAGAAGCCUCAGUGUACUCAGGAGUGUGCACACAAAUCUUUAAAGAAGAGUCUGUGUUAUUUCAGAGAGUGGUGUACUGCUUUGUUCAUCUGAGCAUUCAGGAGUUUCUCUCAGCUGUCUACAUGUACCAUUGUUACACAACCAAGAACAUGGAUGCACUGAAGCCCUUCCUCAAGAGAAAGUCUAGAGCUGCAUCUGAAGAGCUAACCUUGCAUGAGCUGCUGAAGAGUACCGUGGAUAAAGCCUUGGAGAGCAAGAACGGACACCUGGACCUCUUUGUCCGCUUCCUUCAUGGCAUGUCACUGGAGUCCAAUCAGAAACUCCUACGAGGUCUGGUGACACUGACAGAAAGCAGUCCAGAGAGCGUCCAGAAAACAAUCCGAUCCCUUAAGGUGAUGCAGAGGAAGAACAUCUCCCCUGAGAGGUGCAUCAAUCUCUUCCACUGUCUGAUAGAGAUGAAAGACCAUUCAGUACAGGAGGAAAUCCAAGCGUACUUGAGGUCAGAGAAGAGAUCCAAAAAUCUCACACUUUCUCAGUGUUCAGCGCUGGCCUACAUGCUACAGAUAUCAGAGGAGGUUCUGGAUGUGUUUGACCUGAAGGUAUACAAGACAUCAGAGGAGGGUCGUAGGAGACUGCUCCCAGCUGUGAGAGGCUGCAGGAAAGCUCUACUCACUGGCUGUAAACUCACAGACACAUCCUGUGAAGUGUUGGCCUCAGCUCUCAGUUCAAACCCCUCACACCUGAGAGAGCUGGAUCUGAGUAACAAUGACCUGAAGGAUUCAGGAGUGAAGCUGCUCUCUGCUGGACUGGGGAAUCCCCACUGUAAACUGGAGACUCUGAGGCUGUCACACUGUUUAGUCACAGAGGAAGGCUGUGAUUCUCUGGUCUCAGCUCUGAGGUCAAACCCCUCACACCUGAGAGAGCUGGACCUGAGCUACAAUGACCUGAAGGAUUCAGGAGUGAAUCUGCUCUCUGCUGGACUGGGGAAUCCCCACUGUAAACUGGAGACUCUGAGGCUGUCACACUGUCUAGUCACAGAGGAAGGCUGUGCUUCUCUGGUCUCAGCUCUGAAGUCAAACCCCUCACACCUGAGAGAGCUGGACCUGAGCUACAAUGACCUAAAGGAUUCAGGAGUGAAGCUGCUCUCUGCUGGACUGGGGAAUCCCCACUGUAAACUGGAGACUCUGAGGCUGUCACGCUGUCUAGUCACAGAGGAAGGCUGUGCUUCUCUGGUCUCAGCUCUGAAGUCAAACCCCUCACACCUGAGAGAGCUGGACCUGAGCUACAAUCACCCAGGAGACUCAGGAGUCAGACUGCUCUCUGCUGGACUGGAGGAUCCACACUGCAGACUGGAGAAACUCGUGGAGACAUUGACCACAGUACCGCUCACCCUGAGGACCAACCUGUAUAGUCCACCACACCCUCUCUCAUCAGCACCACCAGCUGAAGACAGUUUCUCCCUCACUGUGUUCCCCAUGCAGGCCCUGCGCCACGAGGGUGCAAAAGGGGGCAAUGGCAUUGUGUCCAUGGAGCACUUUAACAAUUCCAUGUCCAAGGAGGUCUGGGUGCAGUGUUGGGAAUGA